AUGACGCUGGUCGAAAGCUCCAUCUCGUCCGCGAGCCUCCUUGCCUUUCUCGCCGAGGCGUCGUUGACACCGCCUCCGUCACCACCGAUCGAGAUCCAACGCGGUACCAAGCGGCUGCGGCCCAAUCCAAAAGAGGAGGUCGCGUACCUCACGAUGUCGCUUGCGCAUCUCGAGCGCCAGCUCCACAGCCUUCGCGAACACGAACUGCGCAUGUCAUCACUCUCGGGCCCGUGGAAGCUGCGCGCGAUGAGCGAAGCCCAUUUUGCGCAGCGUGCACUGCUUGAGAACGCGCGGCUCAAGGCUGCUCUCGAUGAUCAACGACAAAAGCUCCGCGCGAUUGAGCGCCUCAGUCGCAAGCGUCCCACGCUCGCACCCGCGAUCACCGACGAGUUGCUUUGGAAACAGGGCAUUUUAAGCGCGGUCGACCAAGAAGCGCAGCUCGAAACUUUGCUGCUCCACCAGCGCGAGACGCUCGAGUCCGAGUGGAUUCGCCAUGGGCUGCUCGAUGUCAUUGAGCGCUUCGAGUCCCUCCAGCGCAUUUCAACGACGCCGAGCCGACUGCUCGAGGGCCCCGGCAACGUCCACGUUGUCAACUGCGCGGUGAUGCCGCUCAGCUUUCGCACCAUGUCGCAGGUCGUGUGGGACCUCAAGCGCAAGCGCAAGGACUUUACUUGCCCGUCAACGCGCGAGUUUCAUGCCAAUUUGAUGUAUGGCCGGGAUCUCAGAAGCGACGAGCUCCCGAGUCUGCUACCCGACCUCGAUUCGCGUUUUGGGAACCGGCGGUAUAUCGAGGCCGACCGCAUCAUCAUCGUGUGGCGCGCCAUCCUCGAAGACCAAGCGCACCCGCAUGCUGACGGCGCGUGGGUUGAAAAUUCGCGUGGCUGGGUGACGAUCCACGACAUGGGCGACAACGAGUGCUACUUGUCGGCGCUGGUGACCAUCUCGACGCCGAUUCAUGCCACCGCAGACGACGAUCGCGCAGCCGAAACGAUGCGCGACCGCCUUUUGCAGUACGCCGAAAACAUGUGCAAAAUUAUGGGCAGCGCAGUUGAAGACGCUGUCCGCGCUCACUUGGCCAACGUUUGA